CGUGUUUGUUGUUGCUUUUAGUACUGUACGCCUACAAUUUGAAUUUGCUUUGAUUUCAAUUCUUGAUGACGCAGAGCGCCAAAAGUGAGCAAGCGCUUUGGGGUUUUUGUUGUUGUUGCUGCUGCUGUUGCUGCUUUUGUUUUGUUGUGCGCCGUCACUUUCACAAAGCAAAGGCAGUCAAAAAUGAAUGAGUUGCUGAGAGAGAGAGCGCGCGCAACGUUGAAAAGAACGCUGAGUGAGAGCGUAAAAGCUACGUAUGUGUGUGUAUACUGGUUUGCUGAAGCGGCAGCAAUAGUGUUAGGCAAUGAGUGUGUGUGUGUGUGUGUGUGUGUGUAUUAGAUAUAUGCUAGCGCAGCUCUGUUGGAGCUAAUUGCGACGCUGGCGUCUCAGACCGUUUCCAGCUGUUGGCUGCGUUGUUGGCACAGCAGACGCAGAAAAGAGAAAAUGCACUAACAAACUAAACUAAUAUACGAAAAAAAGAAAAGCAACUAACAGUUAACAAAAGUUACAAGUUAUAUUAAGUAAAAAGACAUGCCACCACACAAAUGGACGGACGAGACGCGCGAUGCGAGCUGCUAUUAUGGCAAUGCCAUACGCUAUGCUUCCUCCGAUGCGGAUGACGAUGAAACCGAAGCGGAUGAGGCAGGCGCAGCGCCAUUAAUAAACAAUACAGCUGCUAAUGACAACGACGCUGCACCGAAUCGCGCCGAGCGCUGCCUGCAAACGCGUCACAUAUUUGGAUUUAUGGGCUUCCUAGGCUUUGCUGUCGUCUAUGCCAUGCGCGUGAAUCUAAGCGUAGCUAUUGUCGCCAUGGUCAACAACACGGACUUGCCACAUGACAACGACGGGGUGCUGCCCAAUGACACUUGUCCGCUGCCAGCGAAUAAAUCGCUAAAUGGCGCGCGAGCGCUGCAAUUUCCGCGCGGCGAGUUCGACUGGGAUGAGGCAACGCAGGGACUGGUGCUGGGCAGCUUCUUCUAUGGCUAUGUGCUGACGCAGGUGCCGGGCGGACGCAUGGCGGAGCUGCUGGGCGGCAAGCGCAUUUACGGCUACGGCGUAUUGAUUACGGCCAUUUUUACGCUGCUGACGCCUUGGGCGGCGCAUUGGGAUCUGCCGCUGCUGGUGCUGGUGCGCAUACUCGAGGGCAUGGGCGAAGGUGUUACCUAUCCGGCUAUGCAUGCGAUGCUGGCGCACUGGAUACCGCCGCUGGAGCGCAAUAAAUUUGCAGCCAUAGUCUAUGCUGGCUCCAACAUAGGCACGGUCAUCUCCAUGCCCUUGACGGGCUGGCUCUGCUCGCUAGAAUUUCUAGGCGGCUGGCCAGCUGCAUUUUAUAUCUUCGGACUGCUGGGCAUACUCUGGUUCAUUGCCUGGAUGUAUUUGGUCUACGACAAGCCCAGUGAGCAUCCGCGCAUAACGCGCAAGGAACGCGCCUAUAUCGAACGCUGUUUGCAUGUGGAGGAGGAGGAGCAGGAGCUACCGUCUCAGCCGGAGUCCAUACCCUGGCGUGGCAUUCUGACCAGCGUGCCGCUUUGGGCCAUACUGCUGACGCAGUGCGGCCAAUCCUGGGCUUUCUACACACAGCUAACGGAGCUGCCCACGUACAUGAGCAACAUGCUGCACUUUGAUAUACAAUCGAAUGCGCUGCUCAAUGCGGUGCCCUAUCUAACCGCCUGGUUCAUGGGCAUCGCCUGCUCCAUACUGGCGGAUUGGCUGCUGGCGCAGCGUUACCUCAGCGUGCUCAACUCCUACAAGCUGUGGAACAGCAUUUCCAGCAUUGUGCCCUCGCUGGGCCUCAUUGGCAUCAUCUAUGUGGGCUGCGACUGGGUUUGGGUUACCUUCAUGCUCGCUGGCGUUGGAUCCUUUGGCGGCGCCGUCUAUGCGGGCAAUCAAAUGAAUCAUAUAGCGCUCAGUCCACGCUUUGCCGGCACCAUGUAUGGCCUGACCAACUCGGCUGCCAAUAUCUGUGGCUUCCUAGCGCCCUAUGUCAUCGGCUCCAUCAUCAAUCAUCGCGAGACCUUGACGCAGUGGCACAUUGUCUUUUGGCUAGCAGCGGGACUCAAUAUAUUGGGCAACUUUAUCUACUUGAUCUUUGCCAGCGCCGACGAGCAAAGCUGGUCAAACCCGCGUCCAUCGGCCAUCAGGCCUGCUGCUCGACAGGCGCUGCGCACUUGACUUUGGUACUACAGUUCCAAUUCCAGUCUGGUGGAAACCAAUUAUUUUUAAUGCUUAAGCAAUUUGUGUGAUAAUUCCACGCCGGAAUCAGUUUUUUGUAAGCUCCACAGUAUUGCUUUCGACAGAGGCAUCAACAUUGAAGCUAAGCUACUUACCAACUGCUUACAUUGUAAGCUAGUUAGCAAUAGCUAACUAAAGUAAACUAACAAUUAAGCAUUUUUUUUUAAUCACUUUUUUUUGCUUUUAUUUGAUAAA